CUUGCAUGUGUGGGUGAGCGUGUCUGUGUGUGUGUGUGUGUGCGUGCGUGUAAGCGCCUCCGUGCAAUCUAUUAAGUGUGGAAUAGCAAAUAUCAAUUGAAUAUAUAGAGAAGAAAUUAAACGAGCGUCCGACCGCUGGCGUUCGCCACAAAUAAUUGUUUCUAGUACGAUUUCCCGUUACCGUCGCAGUCGCUGUCGCCGUUGCUGUCGGUGCCCUUAAUGUUGUUUUCGCUCUUGUUGUUGUUGUUGUCGCUGUGUAUCUGUUGACGGCAACGCGCAACGGCCAACUGAUGAGUUUCAAUUGUUUUCAUUAAACGGAAUCGAAAAAAUAAUACAAAAAAAUAAAUAAAUAGAAAAAUUUAUGCGCGCGCCUCACGCCCCGAACGACGCCCCGCCACCGUUACCCAAUCCGCCCAGCCAUUAUCAAGAAAGCAGCAAAAGGAAAACGCAAAAAGCCACAACAACAGCAAAAGCUGCCCGCACACACACACGCCCAAGACCCCAGGCACUGGCCCAGGCUCAGCUAAACGAGCGAGUGCUAACAAAUGGCCUCCAACAAUUUUGGCAGCAGUGCUGCAGCUGCAGCUACGCUAACCUCGGCCUCGUCAGCCUCGGCCGCCGCCGCCGCCGCAGCAGCAGCAGCGGCAGCGGCUGUUAAUGGUGAUUUGUGGCGCGAAUGCGUUGCCUGGCUGGUCCGCUGCAAGGUGAUACCAGUCGACCAUAAGGCCGCCCUGCCCGACGCCGAGAUACGCAUUCUGGCCAUGACGCUGCGCGAUGGCGUGCUUCUCUGCAACCUGGUCAUACACCUGGAUCCCAGCAGCAUGGACGCGCGCGAGUUCAAUCGCAAGCCACAAAUGGCCCAGUUUCUGUGCUGCAAGAACAUCAAGCUCUUCCUGGAUGUGUGUCACAAUCAUUUCAAUAUACGCGAGGCGGAUCUCUUCGAGCCCACAAUGCUCUACGACCUAACCAAUUUCCAUCGCGUGCUCAUCACGCUCUCCAAGCUGUCGCAAUGCCGCAAGGUGCAGCAACUGCAUCCGGAGCUGCUCGGCUUCAACUUGCAGCUGUCGCCCAGCGAACGCUCCCAUUCGGAUGAGGCCAUAUACAAGGAUCUGCAUUCCACGUAAGUCAAUGAGUUGAAGACAACUGGCAGCAUCGAUGCCACCGGCUCAUCAUCCUCGGAGUACUACGAGCGAACGUCGCACAGCGGCUCGCUCUCAGUGGAGGAUGAGAACAGCGAUAUAACAAUUGAGAAUGGCACCGAGGACAUUGAUGAUUAUAUCGAGGACUCGCUGUCCAAUAUGUGUGAUUCAACGAUCGACACUGAUGCCGUCAGCGUCGAUGUCAAUCAAUCCGUCCAGGAGCAGCUGCGCGCGCUCUCCUUUGAUCUCAAUCUGACCGUGGGUAGCAGCGGCAGCUUCGACUGUGUCACGCCCACGCCGCAGCUAGAUGCGCCCAAGGCGAGCACCUCAGCUGCGGCUGCAGCUGCAGCAGCGGCAGCAGCAGCACAGUCAGCAGCCGCAACAGCACAUCACGCGUCGAACAGCUCCUCAUCGUCGUCGCUGUUUGUCAGCGAAAGCCAGCGCCUGCAGCGAGCCGCCGCCGCCGUUUACAACUAUCGAUCCUCCAUGAUGAUGUCGACGGAGCACGAGUACGCCUACAUCAAUGAUAUCUACAGCGAGGACGACGAGAAGGUCUAUGAGGAUCUCUGCUACGUAACGUUCCAGUCCAAGGUCAAACCAGAGGUUCCCACCGACAAUAUUGCAUGCAAUGGAACCGCUUAUGAUCACAUCAACACGAAAGAAGAGGAGGUCUAUCAAGAUUUGUGCGCACUGCACAGAACGAGUAGAGGCCAGACCACGUCGGCGACCAGCUUUGAGCAGCGAGACUAUGUCAUACGCGAACUCAUCGACACCGAAUCCAACUAUCUGGAUGUGCUCAAUGCACUCAAAGCCAAAUUCAUGCUACCGCUGGAGCGACAUCUCAAUCAAGAUGAACUGCGUCUCAUCUUUCCCCGCAUACGGGAACUGGCUGAUAUUCACACCAAGUUUCUGGAGAAGCUGCGCGAAUCGCUGGUGCCCAACACAAAGCACAAGAUGGGCCAAGUGUUCCUUGAGUUCCGCGAGCCCUUCCUCAUCUACGGCGAGUACUGCUCGUGCCUGUUGAACGCCAUAGAUUACCUAGCCGAUGUGUGCAAGAAAAACCAAAUAAUUGACCAACUGGUGCAGAAAUGCGAACGCGAAUACAACGUUGGCAAACUGCAGCUGCGGGACAUACUGUCGGUGCCGAUGCAGCGCAUAUUGAAGUAUCAUCUGCUGCUGGACAAGCUGGUGAAGGAGACAUCGCCGUUGCACGAGGACUACCGUUCGUUGGAGCGCGCCAAGGACGCCAUGAUCGAUGUCUCGCAGUACAUUAAUGAGGUGAAGCGCGACUCUGACCAUCUGGUCAUCAUACAGAAGGUCAAGGACAGCAUAUUCGACUUGAACUUGCCGCAAAACGGCAACGAUCUGCUGCAAUAUGGCCGCCUGCUGCUCGACGGCGAUCUGCAUAUCAAGGCGCACGAGGAUCAGAAGACCAAAAUGCGCUACGCUUUUGUGUUCGACAAAAUUCUCAUCCUGGUCAAGCCGCUGCACAUUAAGACCGGCGACAUGCAGUACACAUAUCGGGACUCGCACAAUCUCGCCGACUAUCGCGUCGAGCAGAGCCAUUCGCGUCGCACGCUCGGCCGGGAUACGCGCUUCAAAUAUCAAUUGCUGCUAGCCCGUAAAUCGGCCAAGACCGCCUUUACGCUCUACUUGAAGUCGGAGCAUGAGCGGGACAAGUGGCGCAAGGCGCUCACUGAAGCCAUGGAAAGCCUCGAUCCGCCUGGCUGCCGCAAUACGGACCAUAAAAUGGAAAUUUACACCUUCGAUGCGCCCACGACGUGCCGGCACUGCUCGAAAUUCCUGAAGGGCCGCAUACACCAGGGCUAUCGCUGCAAGGUCUGCCAGAUAAGUGUGCACAGGGGCUGCAUCUCAUCGACGGGUCGCUGCAAGCAGAAUCCGGUCAGCAUACCGCCGCCCGUCUGCGACCGCCAAUUGUCGGAAUUCAAUUGGUUUGUGGGCAACAUGGAUCGCGAGACGGCUGCCAAUCGCUUGGAGAAUCGCCGCAUUGGCACCUAUCUGCUGCGCGUGCGGCCCCAGGGCGCCUCCUCGCCGCACGAGACAAUGUAUGCGCUCAGCCUGAAAACCGAUGAUCAUGUGAUUAAGCACAUGAAAAUUAACCAGGAAAACGACGGCGAGUCCAUGCUUUAUUGCUUAUCAUCGCGUCGUCACUUCAAGACCAUCGUCGAGCUGGUCUCCUACUAUGAGCGCAAUGACCUGGGUGAAAAUUUUGCCGGGCUCAAUCAGUCGCUGCAAUGGCCCUUCCGCGAGGUGAUUGCCACAGCGCUGUACGACUUCGAUCCAAAGGCCGGCAGCAAUCAGCUGCAGCUGCGAACUGAUUGCCAGGUGCUUGUAAUUGGCAAGGAUGGCGACAGCAAAGGCUGGUGGCGUGGCAAAAUUGGUGAUACGGUUGGCUAUUUUCCCAAGGAGUACGUGCAGGAGCACCCAGUUGCGAGCGACGAGCUUUGAUAUUACAACUAUGAGGUUUACUUUGCACCCAAAGCGAGCACACCAACGGCGGCCAUUUCUGAAACACCUGUAGCGACAAAUAUGGAUGCAAUUUCCAAUUACAAUUACAACUGCAGUUAGAGCAACAAUACGAAGAUGAGGAUGUCGACGAUGCCAGCUAUAUUUGUUGCACUUAGUUCAAAUAUACAAAAAAAGGAAAAAAAAAAAUCUAUUAUUUUUAAAGGAAAUUUUAAAUUACUUUCAUUGCGUCGCUCGAAACAUUAGUGCCAACAAAACAGAACAAAUCAAAUGAUUCCGUGUGCAACAUUGAGAUGUUCUAUAAAAUUACAAAACAAAAAAUCGUUUAUUUUUUAACUAAUUGUAUGCUGCAAUAUAUAUAUAUAUCUAAAUAUAUAUAUUCGAUUAUGUAUAGUGUGUAAGGAUGUGUGGAUGGCACAGGCAAGUGCAAAAACAAUUUAGUUUAUUUACAUCUUUUUAUUGUAUAUUUUCCCGUCGCGUUCAUGUUGUGUAUUGCGCUGCAUAAGAUGAUUAAGUUAACAGAAGAAACGAACGUAAAACGAAUGCGCUGUGCGGCAUUUCAUACAAGAAGCUUUAAACUUUAUAUACAUAUAUACAAGAGAAAAACUGAAUAACAUCUAUAUACAUAUAUAUAUAUACUUAAAUGUUAAAAUAAAUAUAUAUAUGUAAACUAUACGAACUUAUGUAUAAUUCGAAACGCAAAUGUUAACAAGUC